AUGUCCGCACCCAACGAGGUCUUGGAAACCGGCUCGACCACCUCCUUUGGCGCCACCACAGCAUCGCAGAUCUCGCCGCCGCUCUCCAAAAUCUCACCGCAGGCUUCGGCUAGCGAAAAGGCCUCCUCCGACUCUCCCUACCUCGGCAGCGAUGGACAUCAUGUCAAGUCGCAACAGGGCAUGCCCUUUGCUGACUUUGUCAUCGAGAAUGACGACCUACACGACUACGAGAGUCAGAGUCCCGUCAAGCGUCAUCUUGAUCCGCGUGUGUUGCUUGACUUGACCACCAUGGCCAUCGUAAUAGCCGCGGUCAUCACCCUCUUCCUCGGCUACCCUCUCAUCGAGUUUGGACAUCUCUCCAGUGGCAAGAAGGAUGGCUUCAACCUGGGCGGCACCAACGCGUCCGGCCAAGUGCCCAACCUCGGCAACGUGCGCAUGGCGCUCAUCGACCCGGAUACACCGCAGUCUGUACACACAAAGAGCUCAGUUGACGGCUCGCAAACCAUGCAGCUCGUUUUCAGUGACGAGUUCAACACGGACGGCAGGUCUUUCUACCCGGGCGAUGAUCCGUUCUGGACCGCUGUCGAUCUGUGGCCGUGGCCGACAGGAGAUUAUGAAUGGUACAGCCCCGAAGCCGUGACCACCUCAGGAGGCAAUCUCGUCAUUACAGCCGAUCAGGUGGAGACCAACAACCUCAAUUUCCGCAGCGGUCAACUCACCACAUGGAACCAGUUCUGCUUCACUGGGGGCUACAUCGAGGUGCGUCUCCAACUGCCAGGAAGUAGCUCAGUCUCGGGUUGGUGGCCGGCGGUGUGGACGAUGGGUAACCUUGGGCGUGCCAACUAUGGUGCCAGCACGCAGGGAACGUGGCCGUACGCAUACGACGCUUGCGAUGUCGGAACGCUCAAAAACCAGACCAACCCGGAUGGACUGAGCCCCAUUGGCGCGCUCACGAGUGGUGACACGGUGUUCAACGCAAAGUACCACACGAGCUCGAUUAGCUGGCAGCCCGGUCAGCGUCUUUCAGCCUGCACGUGCCCGGGAGAAGACCACCCGGGUCCCAAGGACUCGAGCGGCAACUUUGUCGGUCGUUCCGCGCCAGAGAUCGACGUGAUCGAGGCGCAGGUAGGCAACGGCAUCGGAGGCGUCUCGCAGUCGGGGCAGUGGAUGCCGGCCAACUUCGGGUAUCAACUCAUCAACGACACGGGCACCGAGUACGAGUUCUUUCAGCCGUCUGCACAACUCAACUCGUACCAGGGCAACGUGCUGCAGCAGUCGGCGAGUGGUGUGGUCAACACGCUCCAAACAGCGUACCAGUACAGCGGUGGUGACUUUUCGGUGUACGGCUUUGAGUACAAGGCGGGCUACGACGGCUACAUCCACUGGAUCUCCAAUGGGCAGCGAUCGUGGUCGCUCAACUCGGGUGCGCUGGCAGCUGACCAGCGUGUCAACAUCAGCCGCCGACCAGUGCCGCAGGAACCCAUGUACAUCCUCAUGAACUUGGCCAUCUCGUCCGGGUUCGGCCAUAUUGACUGGGAUAACAUGCAGUUCCCAGGAAAGAUGCUCAUCGACUAUGUCCGUGUCUACCAACCGCAGGGGCAGACGAACAUCGGAUGCGACCCAGACGACUUCCCGACGCAGGACUACAUCAACCGCCACAUCCAAGCAUACACCAACCCGAAUCUGACCAUCUGGGGAGGCACCGAAGCGCAGGGUGGAUACCAGCAGGAUUGGCCCAGGAACCGGCUGUACCCGAACGGAUGCACGAAUCCACCGUCCAAAUACCCCGGUGCCAACCCUGCGUCGUCAUGA